UUCUCUUCUGCCUCCGGCUGCCAGGGGAGCGGGCUGGGGGAACGGAACGCGGCGGCAGCGGUCGCGGCAGCUGCAGAGCCGGAGAAGAGAGCCGUCUGUCCAAGCGUCGUCGAGCCGGGGCGCGCGGCUGCGACAGGUGGUCGUCUUGCUUUAGGACGGCUACUGGAGGAUCCGACCUCUCCCUCACCCAGGCGAGAGGACCACGACUCGGGCUGCCUGAACUGCGUCACCCGACCGAUGUAAACAAGCGCCACGGUUCGACUCCCCUCGAAUUUGGUCCUUCGGGGAUUGGCCGGCUCCGCAGGCGACGGUGGCUGGCAGGAUUGCUCUGGACGCCACCAUCCAGUAGACGCCGAGCGAGAUUCCUCGAGGGAUAGAAGAAACUCACCUGAGGAUGACACCUGGCGGGGACUGAGCUUGACCCGCCGACCGGUCAGAAGAGGGGAGGAUCCGGAGAUAUCCGGAUUCAUUCCAGGAGCGAGAGGGGAGCAGAAGGGAUUGGUUGGAAGCCAAGAGAGGCGGGGAAAGGAGGCGGAGAGACAAGAGACCGGGAUCAAUCCCUAAGCAUCCUGCUUCUGGCAGGAGAUCCAGCCGAUUCGAGAUCAGAAGUUUGGGAGCGAAGCCGAGAAGGGCGAGGUGCAAUCCCGUCUCCGCGGCGCGUCUUCAAUCCCGCCGCCAGGAUGAUCUCCGACCCGGAGAAAUCCUAAAUGUCUCCGGGAAGACGAUCCUAAUCUGCGGCUGCGUUGGGAGGGCGCUUAUUAGGUUCCUGACUCCCGAGUAAAGACUCCAGAUGCGCGUCCUUCAAAUCGGGAGAAGGCAGCCUCCGUCGCGCUGCCCUUCGGAAACCCAGAGGAGAAAAAGCACAGUUCCCACGAUAGACAGAACCACCCUGGACAGUGAAAUCAGGUCUGGUACCGUGACAGUUCAGAGAGGGUUUGCAGCUCCAAUUGCCAGCUCUAGCUGUCAGUUGGGAUCCUGGCGGUUCCUACACCCCCCAGCUGUGGGGCAGCCUUGAUGCCCAGAGCAGGAGUGACACUGUCCAGAGAUGCCCUGGGAAGUCGUUGGUUUCCUGCUGGUGCUCCUUCAACGGUCAUGGACUCUGCAGAAAGCAGAAUUAUCUGAAUGUUUUAUGGUGAAUGGAGCUGAUUAUCGGGGACUGCAGAACAGAACUGCUCCUGGAUCCGCUGGGAAGCCUUGUCUCUACUGGAACCAGACACGAGAACAUGCCUAUAACACGGCCAAAUAUCCCAAUGGCGAGUGGGGGCUGGGCAGUCACAAUUACUGCCGAAAUCCAGACGGUGAUGUACAACCCUGGUGCUACAUCUCAGAGAACGAAGAAGGGAUCUACUGGAAGUACUGUGAUAUCCCAACCUGCCACAUGCCCGGCUAUGUUGGCUGCUUCCUGGACUCGGGCACUCCCCCAACAUUAAGUGGGAGCAGUGGCACAUCCACCAAACUCACAGUACAAGUUUGCCUCAGUUUCUGCCGCAAACGAGGCUAUAAGUUUGCUGGCGUGGAAGCUGGUUAUGCCUGUUUCUGUGGGCAUGAAGGGGAUAUCCGCCACAGCCAGCAAGUGAGUGCUGUGGAAUGUGAUCAAGUCUGUUUUGGCAAGUCCAGUGAACUGUGUGGAGGAGAUGGCCGGAUUGGCAUAUACAAUGUCUCCAUGGGGGCCUGUCAGGGGAACUUCAGUGAUCUGUCUGGAGUGAUCUACUCUCCUCAGUUCCCAGAUGACUAUGAAGCCAACAGCAACUGCAGCUGGGUCCUUUAUCCUGCAGGUUGUGAUUCUAUAGAGCUCAGCUUCCGGAUCUUUGACGUUCGUGAUCCAAACGACCACCUAGAGGUCCGGGAUGGACAUAGCAAUCUUUUACUGGCCCAGUUUGAUGGGCGCCGAAGGCCAGCUGUACCUCUGCUGUUCCCCACGGACUGUCUUUCUCUCUCCUUCCAAUCAGACCAGUUUCUGCAAGCCCAAGGCUUUGCCAUCUUGUAUCGAGGAUUGAAAGCUUCCUCUGUCAAUUUACGGACCUUUCCAGGGGAUGGAUCCCGUCUGAUCCCUACCUCUUCUGAUUGGCUGAAUUCAACAUGGACCUACAGUGCCAAUGACUCUGCCAUUGGGGUAGGAGCUUGGGUGAUGUACACGGCCACAGGGACCUUCAUCUUAGCCAUCAUCAUUGUCUCAUACCAUUUGCGCAAGAGGACUUGCCUUUUUGUGCAGAAGAAGACGGGGAAUUCUUUAGUCCCAUUUGCCUCCAAAGGGCCACGGAACCGCUGCCAGUGUCUUGGGGGUGAGGCGUGGGCUGUAGCCUACCGACAUACCCGUGUGGUGAUCUGCACGACGCGUGGGGCCCCCCAUCACCGUCCCCUGCACAAUGGGAGUGGAGUUGCCGGAGGAGAUGACGAGACAUCCUCCGAUUGCUCAUGCCUGUGCCACAGCUAUGAGAACCUUUCUUCCACCAACCAGUCCUCUCUCAAAUCUCUCAUCUCUACCAUCUGAGGAGCUCAAAUCCUGCAGUUUGUGACUUUUACUGCCAGACAGUUUAAGCAGACCUUCUUUGGUUCAUUAUGGACAAAAAGACUGGGGCUUUACAGUGUUUAGCCACUCAAGAUGGGCGGCUGUGGCUCUAUGACAUAGUGGAAGUUGAAGCUUUUAGGAUGAGAACCACAUUCCCAAAAGCCAAAGGUCAUUGGGUAACAGGACUCCAUAACAAUAUCCCCCACAUCACAGCUUUCUUUGAGGCAGGAAAAGCCUGAGGGAGUGGAGACACUCUCAUCAUGUCUCCUUAGGGAAGACAUGUCGGCCUAAUUUAAUCUUUAUGGCACUGGGAUCUUGUAAAAAGAUCCUUUUGGACAAAGAGGACUGGUAGAAAUCCCCAUCAUACCAGAAGUAUUCCCCAAUGGCAUUCUGGUGUAAUGACAACACACCUGUUCCUUAAAACCGAUAGAAGGGGGAAAACGUUGGAAGGAAUGGAGGCCUGGGUAUAGUACGCUUGAUGAAUUUUUGGACACUGACUAGGGAAAACUGGUUCUCAUGUUGUGGUUGUAUCAUCGGUGAGACAUUUAGCUUCAAACACUCCGAAGACCACAAGACCCACAGAAACAUCAUUUACUGAAAUUUUGUAGACACACCAAAGAAUGAGAAAAAGGAAAACUUGGCUGUCCUUUGUUCCACAGGUACAGGACAGAUUUUGGAACUUGAAGCCUUCAUUAAAUUAUUUUCAUAUUGGCAACGACGCUUCUGUGUUAUAAGCCAUCAGCUCUGUUGGGUUGUGGUUCAGAAAUUGAUAGAUUUUCUGCUUUCUUGGACUGAGUAGGAGAUACACUGGAUUGUCCAUUUUUCAUUGAACGUGGCUCAUUUCUGUGAGUAUUUUGCCUUUAGCAAUGGGGAACCAAGCGAUCUUAAAUAAGAGGACAGGUUCUGGAAAAAGGUGAGGGACAUUGGUGCUUUCUCCUGACUUUUGCUAAUCUGGUUUCAGAUUCCUGGUUUCCUACUGGACCUGCAGUGUGUUUGGGAGGUAAGGUAUGGUGGGGCUGUCCCUAAGGCUCUGUAAGCCCUGCAGCUGUAGCCAAGGCUUGGAUGGCUAUGCAUCUAUACUGUUCUUUACAAAUUAAAAAAAGGUACAGAAUAUAAGGUGGCAACCAAAAUCCUUAGGAGCCUUGAGAAAUUCCCAAAUAUUUUUUUUUACAAUAUUGGGAUGAAUUUCAUGAGGAGGAGAAGGUGAGCAGGACAGGCAAUGACUGUAUACAAUUAUACAGAAUGAAUAAUCAGCAAUAGUAGAAGAUGAGUACAUGCAGUGAAGCUGAACUGAUAGAGGAAAUACCAGCGUUCUUCAUGUCACAUAGCAAAUCCUAACUAAUGGGACAAAAUGUGCUGCAUACAAAUAGUGUGUUAUUUUAUUGAAUCAUAGACUAGAUUUGUGGUGAUGAAGAUGUUAGUAAAUCCCUAUGCCAAAUUCUUUCAGUGUUCCUUCCCUAGUCAUAAUGGUUGCCAACACAGAAUUGUUUAAAAGAAGGGGGCAAAGUAAUCUCCUAUUGUUUUCAUUUCCUGUUUGGAGUACCCAGUAGCAUCUGGUUAGCCACAAUGUGAAACAGGAUCCAGAACAACUAUGACAUUGAUUUAAUGCAGGGCGUUUCAAACUUGGCAAUUUUAAGAUGAAUGGACUUCAACUCCCAUGCUGGCUAGGGGAUCCUGGGAGUUGAAGCCCACAUAUCUUAAAAUUACCAAGUUUGAAAAAUCUGUAAUUAUCAGAUUUUUUAAAAUAAUGUACUAUAAUGUAAUCCAUUAGCUCUUGUAAUUCUUCAGCUGAGAACGGAGUUUGUGUGUGGUGGUGGGGAUUCCUGCUCCGGCUAUUAACUUCAAAACAAUAUCCCAUAGAUUAGGAGUGUCAAACUUGAUUUCAUUGAGGGCCGCAUCAGGGUUGUGUUUGACCUGGGGGAGUCGGGGGAUGGCAUCCCUCAUGUGAGGGGUCACUCAUGUGUUGGUCCAAGCACUCUGCCAGCAAAAAUGGAGCUCAGGAGGGCUGCCCUCCCGAGCUCUUGUUUUCACUGGCAGAGGCACCGUGGGCUGGUCCUUUGUUGUUUCCAGAGCGGCCCUGCGGGCUAGAUCUAAGCACCCCACGGGUUGCACCUGGUCCUUGGGUCUUGAGUUUGACACCCCUGCCCUAGAUUUCCCCAAUCUGGUGCCCUCCAACUGAGGGCCUCGUUAUGCUUUUCCCAAGGUUUAGUAUAAAUCAGACCAACACAACAAUUACAGAAAUAUAUUAUUAUAAAAUUAGUCGAUAAUUUAAUAGCCAAACCUGUAAACAAAGUUUAAGGGAAACUAGGAAUUACAGUCCUAGUACUUCUAGAGUAUCCCAGCUUGUAAAGGAUUUGUUUGAAUGGGCAUCCUUUGUGUGAACAGUGGGAGCAGUGUUAAUUAGGGAACACUUGUGUGUGUGUGUGUGUUUUGUGUGUGUGUGUGUGUGUGUAAUUCAUGAACAGAAUGUACAGAAUGUUUCAGUUCCAAUCAUUUUAAUUUCAGGAUCUUCGACCUUGUUUACACACGUGCCUUUUGUCAAUAUUAGGUACCAGAGACCAGUCUUUGGAACUCUUCAAUGACUUGUAAGAAGAUGAGUCCAGACAUUUUUAAGACUGAAAGAGAACAAGAUUAAAUCUAAACCUAAGACCAUGACUCCGGGAGCUGUGGGUUCAGCCCUCAAGUAUGUGAAAGAAUAAAGAGUACCUCUGAACAUCAGUAAAGUGCUUUCCCUCAACAAUUAGCAACUACCUUAAGUGCCUAGGGCAGCAAUGUAAAAUGAGGGCUGAUAGAUUUGUCUCUUGAUGGGCCGCACCCAUUGUUGGUUAGCUCUCAGUUUUAGAAUCAUUUUGUAACAACUGGAAAUGAUUACAAGCCACAAUUUCCAAUUUCCUGGAAGGAUGCUGAAAUGGUAUUCCAAGAAGUGUGGAUAGCAGCCCAUUGGACAGUUUUAAAUACCAAACCGUGCAUGGAAUGGGGCCCUUUUCCACAAAAUGGGACCUGGGUUAAUGCCUCAUUCCUUUUCCACUUUUUUUUAGGUUUGCUGAAUCUCCAGGGCCUUAUUUUAGAAUCAUUUACUACAGAGUAUACAUUCAAAUAUAUUUGGUAUUUGUUCAGUCCUUUCAAUGAAUUGAAUCCAUAUCAGAAACUUUAUCAGGCCGACUCCUCUUGUCAUCCUAUUGUAUAGAAUUGAAACUUGUUUAAUUAUUUAACUUAUUAUGAAAUAAUUGUGCUGCAUGUAUAUUAAGAAAAACAUAAUA